AAAAUGUCUAAAGGUCCGCAACAUUUCAUUGAUGAGGCUGCAAAAGCGAAUGAUGACGAAGACCCGUUUUCUGAAACAAGAAGAAAAAACAUUGCCGAACGUCAAAGUCAAUACCAAAUGCGUGCACGAAAGCGACCAAUCUCCCCUGAGAGAGCUGAUAUGUUUGUUGAUCAGACGCCUGAUUUGCGUGACAGAACUUACGCCAAAAUUAUGCAAGAACAGUUGCUGACUGCCGAAAAGGAAAAAAUUGAAAAAGAAUUGGUCGACAAGCAUCAAUCUGGCGAAUUAAAAAUUAACAGGCAAUCUAAAGUUUUUGGCCCUGAAGCUACUCCAACUGAAAAUAUUGAAAACACACCUUCACAGGCGCCAAGGAAGAAAAGAAUUGCUUUGAGUGGACAUGCUAUUACUGCUGAUAAAACACCAAACGUUGCCCAAUGGGAUGAAACUCCAGCACAUAUUUCUGCAUUAGACUCAACUCCAUCAACAGAUAAACAAUGGGAUGCCACACCUUCACAAACACCUCGUCGCAAUCGUUGGGAUGAAACUCCAAAGGAAUCUGUUCGGGAUGGAGGAAUGACACCUGGAUGGGGCUCGGAAACACCCAGAGACAUAAAAAUGGACUUGAGUGAAAGAGCAGAGGAAACCCCCGGCGCUUCAAAGAGACGUUCUCGUUGGGACCUUACUCCAUCACAAACACCGUCAGAAACUCCAAUGGCCGGGAUUGACGCAACUCCAACACAUUUUACACCAAAAAUCAUGCAGAAUGGAGGAAUGACUCCUUCAAUGCUAACUCCUGGAGGAACAACACCAAUUGGAACCCCAGCAAUGGGAAUGAAGACGCCGGCUGUUCCGUUCAUUCCAAUGACUCCAGAACAGGCAGCAAUUUAUAAAUGGGAGAAGGAAGUAGAUGAUCGGAAUCGUCCAUUGUCAGAUGAAGAAUUGGAUGCUUUAAUGCCGCCUGGUUUUAAAAUUCUGGCACCUCCAUCUGGUUAUGCCCCAAUUCGAACACCAACAAGAAAAUUAUUGGCAACACCUACACCAAUGUCUGGGAUCGGCGGUUUCAUGAUCCCCCCAACACCAGAAAGAGGAGGUGCUGGGGCAGAUAAAGGAGUUGGAGGAAUAAUAGAUACUCAACCAAAAGAUCCAGAAUUGCCAGCACUUAAACCUGAAGAUAUUCAAUAUUUUGACAAGCUUUUGCAGGAUGUAGAUGAAAGUCAAUUAACAAAAGCAGAAAGAAAUGAACGUGAAAUAAUGGGUUAUUUAUUAAAAAUAAAGAAUGGAAUGCCUUCACAACGAAAAUCUGGAUUGAGGAAAAUAACAGAAAAUGCUCGUCGUUUGGGCGCUGGACCUUUAUUUAAUCAAAUUUUGCCACUUUUAAUGUCUCCAACACUUGAAGACCAAGAAAGACAUUUAAUGGUUAAAGUUAUUGAUAGAAUUUUAUACAAACUUGAUGACUUGGUUCGACCAUAUGUUCACAAAAUUUUAGUGGUAAUUGAACCGCUUUUGAUUGAUGAAGAUUAUUAUGCUCGUGUUGAAGGCAGAGAAAUAAUUUCAAAUUUGGCUAAAGCCGCUGGACUGGCAACAAUGAUCUCAACAAUGCGUCCUGACAUUGACAAUGUGGAUGAAUAUGUUAGGAACACAACAGCCCGUGCUUUUGCAGUUGUAGCCUCAGCUUUGGGAAUACCUGCACUUUUACCUUUUUUGAAGGCUGUUUGUAAAAGUAAAAAGAGUUGGCAGGCUAGACAUACAGGUUUGUGUUUGUAUAUUUUUAAUAAAUUGGGGACAUUGAGAGGUAAGUCUUUAGCCCUUGGCAGGCAUCGAUCCUCCGACAGCUAUUCUAUCUUCCUGGAUUAAGAUUUCUGUAUGUGAAUAAGAAAUAGUGACCUAGUUUUAGAUACCCUUAGAAUUAGGUACAGUCUCAAUUGCUAGGCGCUUUUGUUCACCAUGUACAGGUUCUCUACAGACUAAAAAAUGCCGGGCUUUUACUUUCUUUUUUUAAGAAAACCCCCACCCACCCCAACAUAGUACCACCCCCCCUCCCCCACUCCAGCCUAGUAAGCCUUUUGAAUGCUAG